CGCCUCGCCCCCGCGCGCACACGAGAUCGAUGUCGUCCGCGACGGCGCCGCGCGUCCGCGCGUCCGCGCCGCGCGCGCGCCUCCCGCGUCCGACGACGACGACGACGACGACGACGCGCCGCCCCGCCGCGGCGUCCGCGUCUCCGCUUCAUCGUCGGAGUCUUCUUCGAAGGGGACGCGUCGCCGCGCGCGCCGCGUCCGCGUCCGCGGACGCCCCGCCGCCGAAUACGCCGCUGCGAAUGAUCGUCCUCCGGCACUCGGACUCGUGCACGGAGGACGCGUCGCUGAAGGACCACGAUCGGCCGCUCACGUCGCGAGGGCGCGCGCUCGCGAACGGGCUCGCGAAGGCGCUCGCGGCGAGCGACGACGGCGGCGACGGCGCGUGGGGCGCGCCCGACCUCGUCCUCUGCAGCGCGUCCACGCGAUCGCGCGAGACGCUCGAGGAGCUCGUGCGCGCGCACGCGCCGAUCGGCGACGCGACGACGCACUUCCUGGGGAGUCUGUAUCACUUCGCCGCGAUGGACGGCGUCACCGCGGCGCACCUGAAGGAGACCAUCGUCAAGACGUCGGAGGCGGCGGCGGCGGAGAAGAAGAAGAACGGCGGCGGCGGCGGCGGCGUGAAGACGGUGAUGUGCAUCGGGCACAACAAAGGGUGGGAGGAGGCCGCGAGCGAGUUCGCGGGCGAGCCCGUGAAGCUCAACGUCGCGAACGCGGCGCUGUUGGAAUACGUCGGCGACGGCGGGGAGGACUGGGCGAAGGUGUUCGACGGCGCGCGAGGCGCGGGGGGGCUAGGAGAGAAAUCAGGCGCAAUCCGAGUCCACGUUCGUCCCCGCGCGGUGGAGGGUCGUUCGCGUCGUGGAGCACGGCGUGACGACGCCGCCGCCGCCGCCGGAGCGGCCGGAGGACGACACGUGGGGGGGGGAAGGGCUCACCCCGGUGCCGUCCGCGUGACGAAGACGCGUCAAGAGUCGUCGAGAGACAGACGCGUUCGUUCGUCGGGAGCCGAUGCAAUUCUUCUACGUAUAAUCAGAUUCUUUUUCACCUACGUGUACGUGUACGAGUACCUUCGUACGAGUACUCGCGCCUAA